UCCUCAAGUUGUCGUUCGCGUUCGUAGUCUCGCGAUACUUGACGCGAGCUCUGGCUCGGCAGAUUCUGAGCUGUGGGCGAUCAUGGCGGAGCGCAGAAGACACAAGAAACGGAUCCAGGAGGUGAGCGAGCCCACCAAGGAGGAGAAGGCGGUGGCCAAGUACAUGCGCUUUAACUGUCCUACAAAGUCCACCAACAUGAUGGGCCAGCGAGUGGACUACUUCACCGCUUCCAAGGCGGUGGACUGUUUACUGGACUCGAAGUGGGCCAAGGCCAAGAAGGGCGAGGAAGCGGUCUUCACCACCAGAGACUCGGUGCUCGACUACUGCAAUAGACUCCUCAAGAAGCAGUUCUUCCACCGAGCGCUCAAAGUGAUGAAGAAGAAGAUUGAGAAAGACGCCAAGAAGGACAAGAAGUCCAAGGGUGACAGUGGCAAGGAGGAAGACAAAAAGGGCAAGAAGGACAAAGACAAGAAGAAGGAGGUGACGGAUGCUGGUGAAGCCAAGAAGGACAAGAGUGACGACAGUCCCAAGAAGAAGAAGGAGGUGAAGAAGAAGUUCAAACUGGAGCUGCACGAGGAGCAGCUCUUCCUCGACGGAAACGAGGUCUACGUGUGGAUUUACGACCCUGUUCACUUCAAAACAUUCGCCAUGGGGCUGGUCUUGGUGAUUGCCGUGAUCGCCGCCACGCUCUUCCCGCUGUGGCCCGCAGAGAUGCGCGUGGGCGUCUACUACUUGAGUGUGGCGGCCGGCUGCUUCGUGGCCAGCAUUCUGCUCCUCGCCAUCGCUCGCUGCAUUCUCUUCCUGCUCAUCUGGCUGGUGACGGGCGGGCGUCACCACUUCUGGUUCCUGCCCAACCUGACGGCCGACGUGGGCUUCAUCGACUCCUUCCGCCCCCUCUACACGCACGAGUACAAAGGCCCGCGAGGCGGCGGCGCCGGCAAGAAGGCCAAAGAGGACAAGGACGCCGGCGGCGCGGACGAAGCCCGCAAGUCGGACAGCGACGACAACAAGUCGGAUAGCGAGAAGAAGGACGAGGAGGAGGAGGAGGACGAAGAGGACGACAAGGAGCGUAAAAGCGGCGAGGAGGAAGAGGAGGAGGAGGAGGAGCGCCGCUCGGACACGGACAGCGAGCGCAAGGAGGAGGAAGGAUCGCAACACAGCAACGGCAACGACUUUGAGAUGAUCACCAGGGAGGAACUGGACCAGCACACGGAAGAAGAUGAAGAUGAAGACGAGGAAGACAAAGAGGAGGAGCGCAAAGACACUCAAAUCCACGUGGCUCAAUCAUAAACUCCAAAAGAGGAAUCCCGUCGCGCUCUGCUGACUGUCCGCCCCGCACAACUCAUCUGCCAUCCUUUCCUGCGUCAUUUCUCCUUCGCGUUGAAAAACUCUUGGCAUUUUCCAAAUGGGAAACUUUUUGCGCGAAUUAACGGUAAUAAACCAAGAAUUCAUCAAAUGUACCUUUGGCUCGUAAUAGAGAACUUUAAAUAUAGUUGGGGGCUAAUGAAAGUAAAUUUAAUGCCCUCGCACGUGGGCAAGGAGAGCUAUCUAUUUUACACGUCUGCUCAUGACAACAUUUAUACCUGCGCUUGAAUGCUUUAUGGAUUCAUGAAAUUACCUUCAAUUCUCACGGGAUCGUUUCCAGUUUGGAAGACGUUAUUUCCAAAAUUCACCGUCUUAACUUCCCCUGGAAAUCUACCAGAAUUUCACCCCCCGCCUUCUCCCCCCCCAAAAAAACAGGUCAGCCACUAGGCAAGGUCCAAAAGAGAAGCCUCUUUUUUUAUUAUUUUUUUUUUUUGGUGUCAUCACGGCCCACACUUGAUGCGACAGAGAGGGACCAAACCUUUUUUAAUAUUUGUUUUGUUUGUAAAGGAACCGAAAUAGGCGUGCAGAGAUUCGCCAAGGUGAACUUGAUUUGUUUUUGUGGGCGUGGUCAACUGGAUGGCAGUGAACUUUCAAAGUGAAAGUCCACUUUCAAAAUGAAAGGUGCCAAACAACACCAGGAAGUGUGAUGAGAGACAGCUCAUGUCACCCAAAAAACAAACGAGCACAGUGCACCAGUGUUGAGGAGGAUCACAUUAUGAAAUGGAUCAUAUUUUACCAAGGAGCAGGAGGGCACACAAGAGAACCAAAUUACACCACCAAAAAUAUUUUGGGGCAGGGAGGCGUCCCAUGUGUUACAAAAAACAACAACUUUGCAAUGAAGCCUAAUCUUACACAAAUAAAGGUAUUUUUUUUCCUCUCCUAAAAAGUUGUAAUUGUUCAAGUGUAAUAACACAGAAAUCAAACUGCAAUUUCUGCAAAGGCUAAAUAUUCGGAGAACAAAGUUAAGAUUUUUACAAAGUGCCGUGAAGAAAGGAUCAUCGUUUCAGUGGUCACAUGUAAAGUAAAUGAUACCUUUACACUUAUAACAUUGUGACUACAUCCCAGAUUCAUUUAUUUUUUGUUCUCAUAAGAAAUAGGUUUAACCGACUUUAUUUUCCUAAAAUGAA